AUGAGCUGGCUAAAUGACAUUGUUAUGAAAUAUAACAAACGAUGCUUAAUGAGCUUUUCUUCCAAAGUGGAAAAGCCCAGGGUUUUCAGCCUCCAUUAUAAUGGCUGCAUUUUCCGGGCUCGAAUAGCAACCGGGACUCGGAGAGCUUCCUAUGCCAACAUGGUUUCAAAGCAAGCUCAAGAUGAAGGCGAGGCGCCAUGCCCGCAGCUCGCCAGCUCCUUCGUCCCCAGAAGCCAAAGCUCCAAGGCCAUGCCGGUGCCUCCUGCCCCGCGGCGCAACGAGAACGGGCUCGGGGAGCCGGAGGGCAGCGCGUCCCCGGACUCCCCUCUGGCCAGGUGGACCAAAUCCUUGCAUUCCUUGUUGGGAGAUCAAGAUGGUGCCUAUCUCUUUCGGACCUUCCUGGAAAGGGAAAAAUGCGUGGAUACCUUAGACUUCUGGUUUGCCUGCAAUGGCUUCAGGCAGAUGGACCUUAAGGAUACCAAAACUUUAAGAGUAGCCAAAGCUAUAUACAAAAGGUACAUCGAGAACAACAGCAUCGUCUCCAAGCAGCUCAAGCCUGCUACCAAGACCUACAUAAGGGAUAACAUCAAGAAGCAGCAGAUAGAUUCCAUCAUGUUUGACCAGGCACAGACUGAGAUUCAGACUGUGAUGGAGGAAAAUGCUUACCAGAUGUUUUUAACUUCUGAUAUAUACCUCGAAUACGUGAGGAGUGGAGGAGAGAACCCUGCUUACAUGAACAGCAAUGGACUGGGGAGCUUAAAAGUUGUCUGUGGCUAUCUCCCGACCUUGAAUGAGGAAGAGGAAUGGAGCUGUGCAGACUUCAAAAGCAAAAUCUUGCCUUCGGUGGUUGGACUAUCCAGCAAGACGUUGAGGGUUACGGCGAAUGUCAGAGCUACGGAAACGAUUGAGAACGGAUACAGGUCCUUCAAGAGGAACGAUCCCGUUAACCCAUACCAUGUGAAUUCUGGCUAUGUUUUUGCCCCAGCAACCAGCGCGAACGACAGUGAAAUAUCUAGUGAUGCCCUGACGGACGACUCCAUGUCGAUGACGGACAGCAGCGUAGAUGGGAUCCCCCCAUACAGAAUUGGGAGCAAGAAGCAGCUCCAGCGGGAAAUGCAUCGGAGCGUCAAGGCCAACGGUCAAGUUUCUCUACCUCAUUUUCCGAGGACCCACCGUCUUCCCAAGGAGAUGACCCCGGUGGAGCCGGCUGCCUUCGCCGCGGAGCUCAUUUCCCGGCUGGAGAAGCUGAAGCAGGAGCAGGAAACCAUGGACAGUCUGGAGGAGAGGCUGCAGCAGAUCAAGGAGGACGAGGAGAAGGAGGGCUCGGAGCUCCCCGCCAGCCUGCAGAGCGGUCGGGAGGUGGUGAACCCCCAGCACCCAUGUUCGACCUCAACUCAGCAGAGGGAUCGAAACCACUCCGCUGCCGUUCAGGGGGGCAACACCCCCUUCUGCAGUGCAAGCCUAGCGACGGAAGAUCACAAAGAGCCAAAGAAACUGCCAGUUGUUCACACCUCUCAGUUGAGCGAGUUGGUUGUCACCUAUUUUUUUUGCGGAGAAGAAAUUCCCUACAGGAGGAUGUUAAAGGCCCAGAGCCUGACACUUGGGCACUUUAAAGAGCAGCUGAGCAAAAAGGGAAAUUACAGAUACUACUUCAAAAAAGCAAGCGACGAGUUUGACUGCGGUGCGGUGUUUGAAGAGGUUUGGGAAGAUGAAACCAUCCUGCCGAUGUACGAAGGAAGGAUUCUUGGGAAAGUAGAAAGGAUCGAUUGAUGGCACCUGUGUUUCUUAAGAAAAGUUAAG